UCAGCCGCCGCCCGCCGGUGCUCACGAGCAUAAAUACAACAUGCCCCGGCCGCUUUUCCGUUGACUUAUUCUCACCCAGAUCUCAUACAACCAAUUCAGCAACCAGUCAUCUCCUGGAUCCGAAGAACCGGAUUUCUCAUCUUUCCAAAUCACUACUAUAUAUACCGACCUCCCUCCGCCCCAGCUCGACGGUCCCUUUCUGUCUCUUGACAACCUCAUCUCUUUUACUACAAACGUCACAAUGGUAUUUCUCUCUCGUAGCAUCCGUUCUAUUGCUUCCUCGGCUCCUCGGGGACUUCAAACCUCCAAGGCAUCGUCCCUCGCAAGGCCUGCCUUCAGCCGAGCCGCUGGCGCACCUUCGGUUCUCGCUCGCAAGCUGCCUGGUCAGCUCAAUUCAAUCCGUACACUAACAACUACUCGCCAAAACCAGGUCAAGGUUCUUGCAGUCCUUUACGACGGCGGUCAGCACGCCAAAGACGUUCCUGGCCUUUUGGGCACCACCGAGAACGAGCUCGGCAUCCGAAAGUGGCUCGAGGACCAGGGCCACACUCUGGUUACCACUUCUGACAAGGAUGGCGAGAACUCAAAGUUCGACCAGGAACUUGUCGAUGCCGAGAUCAUCAUCACAACCCCCUUCCACCCCGGUUACCUUACUGCCGAGCGUCUUGCCAAGGCCAAGAACCUGAAGCUUGCCGUCACUGCUGGCAUCGGCUCCGACCAUGUCGACCUGAACGCUGCCAACAAGACCAAUGGCGGCGUCACAGUCGCCGAAGUCACCGGCUCCAAUGUCGUCUCCGUUGCCGAGCACGUCGUCAUGACCAUUCUCGUCCUCAUCCGCAACUUCGUCCCCGCUCACGAGCAGGUCGAGCGCGGUGACUGGAACGUCGCCGCCGUUGCCAAGCAGGAGUACGACCUCGAGGGCAAGACUGUUGGCACUGUCGCCAUUGGCCGUAUCGGUGAGCGUGUCCUGCGCCGCCUCAAGGCCUUUGACUGCAAGGAGCUUCUCUACUACGACUACCAGCCCUUGUCUCCUGAGAAGGAGAAGGAGAUUGGCUGCCGCCGUGUCGAGAACUUGGAGGAGAUGCUCGCCCAGUGCGACGUCGUCACCAUCAACGCUCCUCUGCACGAGAAGACGCGCGGUCUCUUCAACAAGGACCUUAUCUCGAAGAUGAAGAAGGGUUCCUACCUCAUCAACACCGCCCGCGGUGCCAUCAUCGUCAAGGAGGAUGUCGCGGAGGCCCUCAAGUCCGGCCACCUCGCUGGCUACGGUGGUGAUGUCUGGUUCCCCCAGCCCGCCCCUGCCGACCAUCCUCUGCGCACCGCCAAGAACCCCUUCGGCGGCGGCAACGCCAUGGUCCCUCACAUGUCUGGUACCUCUCUCGAUGCCCAGAAGCGUUACGCAGACGGUACCAAGGCCAUCAUUGACAGCUACUUGAGCGGCCGCGAAGACUACAAGCCCGAAGAUCUCAUCGUCCACAAGGGUGAUUACGCCACCAAGGCAUACGGCCAACGUGAGAAGAAAUAAGCGGCGGAUAGCGAUGGCAUAGCACUCAAACAGAACGGCAUCUGGGCUGCUUAGGAUAUGUGACGGCUUUAGCGUUUGAAUUCUGGUUUUCUUUUGGGGGCAUUGGCAUUGGCAUUGGCACUUUGGUAUCUGAAAUAUAGGUUACCGUACAUAAGAAAUGUAACCUGAUGCGAUGCAUACUCUGAAAA